GCGGCACCAGCUCAAUGUCGUCUGUUUUAAAAUGGCGGCUAGAGUUUACAUAUGCAAAAGUACCGUAGCUUGAAAUGUUUGUUUCGAAUUUACCAAGCAAAUUACAAACGUUGUAUAGGUUUCUACUGAGAGCGCUCAAAACGUAGCUUUCAAUUUGCGCCAAUAUGGCGACCAGAAGCCUCACAGAAGCGUUUGUGCUGAUGCGCAAUAACGCCCUUCAAAGCAAGCAUAUCUUCGGAGAUCAUGUUCAUGAAGACACCGUGGCACUAGUUGGACGGGAUGUCGAAACUGGUAUGGGCAUUUAUAAAGACGAUGCGGAACCUCCUCGGUGGAUUGACGCAUUGGAAGAGGUUAAUUACCAGAUGACGAAGAUCAGAGACAAAUUGAAAGAGCUGUCUGCCUUGCAUGAUCGCCACCUCAACCGACCAACAUUUGAUGAGAGUUCACUUGAAGAAGACGAGAUUGAGCAAACAACACACCAAUUGACGCAGCUUUUCAGUCAUUGCCAGCAACUGCUCUCUGUGAUCCAGCAAGGAGUCCGGUAUGGCUCCAAUUCCAAGGAGGCUCACUUGGCACAGAAUGUGGUGCGCUCUGUGGCUGGUUCGCUCCAGUCACUCAGCACUAGCUUCCGUUCUUCUCAGACAACAUACUGCAAGAGGCUUCAAUCAAGAGAGGAGCACUCGAACAAAUUUUUCGAUGUCCCAUUUUAUAUGGAAGAGACACAGCUUUCUCCAGAAAGAUUUGGAGGAGAUCAUCAGCUCCAGAUGGAAGACCAACUUUUCCUGGAAGACAACACAGAAAUGGUGCAUAUGCGAGAGCGAGAGAUCAACAACAUCUUGCGGUCCAUCACAGAACUGAACACCAUAUUCAAAGACAUUGCCAACAUGGUGGCUGAGCAGGGAACUGUGCUGGAUCGCAUAGACUAUAACCUGGACACAGUGCAGACAAGGGUUCAGCAGGGCCUCCAACAGCUACAAAAGGCUGACACUUAUCAGAAGAAGAACCAUAAAAUGAUGUGCAUCCUUGUCAUGGCAGCCUCCACUAUCAUCCUCAUUAUCCUUCUCUUUGCAUUCAAGCUGUAGACUGAAACAGUGCUGUGCUUUCCACUCAUGACCUGCGGGUGACAUCAGAGACAUAUCAGUGUGGGACACACCUUCAUGCACCACCACAGUGUAUGCAUUACUGUCAAUGCUGCAUUGCUCGGGGGCAAAGGUGUUGCCUGGUUCACAAUUGUGUUAUAUCUUGAAACAUUGUGGUGCGACUGAUGUAUAUGUUGACUGGAAACUACCUAAGAGGAAUGCACUGUGUGAAGCUGACAACAUGCAUAUUUGCUCUUCAUUUCUUUUAGUGCACAAAAAAAAAAAAAGAAAACACCUGUGAUACAGGGCACCUCCAGCUACUGGUGCUUAUACUUUGCUAUGCUUGGUAGUGCGAGUAUUUUCUGCUUGUCACCAUCAUUUUCAAUUAACUGUUGCUGUCAUUCAUUGAUGGCUGUUGGUGAAGUAAUGGCUGGAUUUUUUUGUAUGCACAUAAAGCUCCUUUCUGAGGUAAUUUUGCACACAUUUUCUUCUCUCAGGUACUCCAAAGCAUGGUUUGACUUAUGUGCUCUAUCACUGAUGUUUAAGGCCAGUGUAAACUUAUUUUAAUUAAUCAAGCUAUAUUUCUAUGUUAACUCGUAUAUCCCUAGUGCCCAACUUUUGGGAUAACUAUUUGUUUUAUGACAACACAACCAACUUCAAAAACGGAAAAGCUAGCAGGGUGUACGACCUUGUGGGGCAACAAAUUCUGCUGUUUACCACAAGAACUUUUACCAUCCUAUGUUCAGCAGGCCAGGCAAACAAGUGAAUGUGAAGGCUUGUAUUAGUUUUUACAGACUUCAGAUUUUUCUAUGGUCUUAGUUGUGUAGUUAAUUUUUCUUUUUGAUUUGUAUCACAGAGUUAGUUCUGGCAUGUUCUUUGUGCUGAAUUUUCUUUGGCAUUCAAAUGAUGCAGCAGCCAUGCUGCAAGUAUGCUGCACAAGUUCACGGUGUCCAUUUAAAUUUCCCUAGUCUUCGAAGAUCCAAGUUUUGUUUUUAUGAUUGUUUUUUUUUCAUGCAUUAGUAUUUUAAAUGUGUCUGCACAGCUGUCCAAAGAAGUGUGUAUCACCAGCAAAAAAUGGAAAUGCAAACAAGAAAAAGCUGAUCAGAACACCUGUUGCGUGGGAGUCCGACAUGCAGCCACUCUGUAGCUUGUUCCGAAGUAUGGUGUAUUCUCAAAUGUAAAAGUUUUGGAGCCUUUAUAAGCCACUGUGUAUUGCAAAUGCAGACAGACCCGGAAAUGCAAUGACACAUUCUAGUCAUUUUUUACUUGUUUGCAUUUUCAUUUAUUCUGAUAGUACACUUUUAGUUGUACAGUCAACUUUCAUUAAGUAAACCCUGAUGGAGCUGUGAAAAUUGGCUGAAUUAUCGAGCACAUUGAAUUAAAAGGAAAGGCAGAAAAAUUUUCAAA